UAAGUAGGAGCAGACUUUAUCACUCUCCUUCUGUCUAGUGGCGGUCCUUUCCCUCACCUCCUUCUCAACGGCGAGUUUAUAUGAGCUUUUUCUGAUCAGAUGGCGGGGCAAACAUAAAGACAGCAGUAAAGCCAAGAACUUAUUCAGAACUCUGGAAAUACUGGGGAAAGCCCCCCUCCCCCCAAUAAUUGCUCCCAGAAGUAUAGAGGAAGGAGUUCAUAAUUUUUCAGUUACACGCUUACAGAUUCUCAAGAAGCCAUACCAUCUCUGGUCACUGUUGCUGGCUCAAAAUGAUGUUUACUUUAGGACUUCUCCUCCUUCUCACCCCAUUUCCCUCCUGUCAAACCACGACCAAUGAGAGGAGAGAUGCUACGAGAAGCGAGCUGACCAAAGCCCAUGCAGUUUUCACCCUUUCGAAACCAAAAACCACUGCUGCCCUUUCCAAACAGACCAUUCACCCCACCCUAAAACCAAACACAGUCAAUCAGACAGUUUUACCCACUCCAGCCUCCAACCAAAAGCCUCAAACAGUCAACGCUACAGCAGCCACCAAAAGCAGGCCUAACCCUUCAGUAAUUCAAACCACUCCAUCGGCACCACCAAGGGCUCCUGUAGCCAGUGGCACCAUCACCAAUAAAGGCAAGCAUGUGGUUUCAGACAACCAGACUUCUACAACUAAGUCACCCUCAGUUCGUGAAGUGAAGACUACCAAAGACAAGCCGGCACCUACUGGAGCACCAAACAUUCAGAUAACAUCUAUAAAGCCUCCUUCAGUUAAUGCUGCUAAAACCACCAAAGAAAAAGUCCAACCCUCUUUUAAUCAUACGGUUUCAGUGAAAUCACCGACCAGUGAUGGGAAGACUGCCAAAGACAAGCCUGCUCAAAAGGCGUCAACAACCAUUAAGUCAGGCCCCACCAGUGGUACUAAAAACACCAAAAACACCUCCGCUGCCUCUGUCAAUCAGAAUGUUGUUUCUAAUACCACCCGCACCAGUUAUUUGAAGUCCAAAGACAAGCCUGCCCUCACAAAAGUUCAUACUGUGUUGUCAACACCAGCAAAAACUGCCACAACUGGCAGGUCGGGAACAGAAAAAGAUAAGGUCGCAGCCUCUGCAAAUCACACUUCUUUGAUUAAGACUCCCAGCAUCCCCAGCAAAGAAAAGCCUGCCCCAUCACAGCCAAUCAAGGUGGUCAUCAGCAAGGACUGUGACUCGAGCAGCACUAAGGAACAGGAACUAAAACUGAAACCUGGUGCUCCUUUGGUGAUGACACACAAGAUCAGCCUGCUGCCUGGCGGCUGCGCUGGGGGAUGUGAAGCUGAGAUGGUCGCUCUGAAAGGACGUGUGGCCCGACUCGAAAAAGAGAUGACCUUAAUCAAAGAGAAGUGUCCAUGCUCUUCUACAUGUCUAAAUGAAUGUAGUGGGAAUGGGAAAUGUGACAAAGGGAAAUGUCUGUGCCAGCAGGGAUUCACAGGUCCAGACUGCAGUAAGUGUAUGCAAGGUGCAGAGUGUAACAAAAAAGCUUCCCAAGGAAAGUCCAAGGUAACAGUGGCGACCAUUACACUGGCAGUGAACAAAGACAAGGAAAACAUGCAGCAGAAAAUCACUAAAGUAGAGCACACUCUUCUACAGAGGAAGGGUACCGAAACCAAAGAGAGUGACCUUAAACCCAAAGUGGUCCCUAAAGCAAAAGCAGAAGUAACGAAACCACAAGGCAAACAAGAAACGUCUGACAAGAAAAAAACUGUUAAAGUUUUUUCAGGUCUCACAAAAAACAGUCAUCCAACUGUUGGACAAGUGCUCUUGAAAUAUGACAGAAGAAAGGGAGAGGAGGCCCGCAAAGGAAAAACAACAGUUCUCCAAAAAACUGACCCCAAACUUGUUAAAGAUGGAACUGCUGUUAAGACAUAUCCAAAAUCUGACCAUCUGAAAGACGAACCUCAAUCUAACGCAACACAGAGUAUGAAGAAAAUUAACAGCACAGCUAAAAGUAUGAUCAUUCUCUCCAAAGCAACCGGAGCAAAUAAAACUAUAACGGGGAAGGAGAUCCUGGACCAGUCCACAAUAACUGAGAAGAAUGUGACUCAAUCAUAUAGACAUAAACAAAUAAAGAUCAUUAAAGAAGACAGCAAAAAUCAGCAAUCUUCCGACAACAGAAAAAUUAAUGCUGGCAAGACUGGAAAGGACAAAACUGUCCAGAAGAUUGAGCAUGUCACUAAUGCGACCAUUUUAGUAACAUCAGACAAGACGAAAAUAUUUCCAAACAUAACAACAGCCCAUGGUUCUGAGAUGAGCACCAGGAGGAUGGGAGGUUUAGGAUUGGUGAAGGCUGCCAAUAUUUCAUCGUACACCUUUACCGUCACAUGGGCAGCCCCAAAAGGCAUGUUCAAGAACUUCACUGUGAUCAGAAGAGAGCCACGGACAGAGGACGACCAAGAUGAACACGAACACGAGGGAUUUGAAGAGGAACCCCUUGAAAGAUACAAGACAUCUUCAGGCAGGAAUGCAACUGAGGUCUACAGCGAGAGCACCAACACAACUGCUGGAACACGAGGCAAAGCUGAAACCAAGAGGAUCUCUGUGGUAGUCCCUGGCAGCGUACGCUCCGUGGAGUUCAGUAACCUCCGGACAAACACGCGCUACGUCCUGUAUGUGUACGGCACUGCAGUCGACAAGAGAUCAAAGAUUCACAGAAUAACAGCAAUCACAGGUCCCGAACCACCCUCGGAGAUGGUUUUCAGCAAUGUAACAGAGUCUUCUCUGGUUGUUUCCUGGACCAAACCAAAGGUCAUAUUUACAGGCUUCAGAGUCGCAUACUUCAACAUUGCCUCAGGGGAAAGCCGCGUUGUGACAGUGACCUCCAAGCAAUCUCAACUUGUUCUGUCUGAGCUAUCUGCUGGAUCCUCCUACAUCAUCAGUGUUUCUACGACUCACGGCAGAGCUCAGAGUGAUGAACUCACAUCUGUUAUCACCACAGUACCAGCCCCUCCAGCACACCUUCAAGUUGUAAAUGUGACAGAUACCAGAGCUGUGCUGCAGUGGACACCCAGUCUGGGGAAAGUAGACCGCUUCAUCAUCAGUUAUGAGUCCUCCAAGACUCCCAAUGUGACAGUGACAGUGAUGUUGUCAGGAAACGCAGUGGAGCACCAGCUGAGAGGCCUGCAGAGAGGCACCCUGUACACAGUGAAAGUACUGAGCCAGAAAGACAGCCUGCAGAGUAUGGCCAUCACUACUACAUUUACCACCGCAAAUGUGGUUAAAGCCAGUGAGGUUGGGGCUCGCUCUGCACUUAUUGCCUGGAGAUCUCCCGUCGUUUAUCACAGCUACAGAGUGAUCUAUGGAGUGGCAGGAGAGGAGACAAAGGAAGUAAUCCUGGAGUCCACUGUCACAGAGUAUAAACUGACUAGACUGUUGCCCAUGUCACGCUAUAAUGUCGUGGUGCAAGGCGAGAAAAAUGAACACUACACUUCUGUUUUCGCUUCAGAAUUCAUUACAGGAAAACUGCGUUUCCCUUUUCCCACCGAGUGCUCACAGGAGCUGCUGAAUGGAGCUCUGCACUCAGGGGAAGUGGACAUCUACCCAGAAGGAAGAGAGGGACGAGCAGUGAGAGUUUACUGUGACAUGGAGACUGAUGGAGGUGGCUGGACGGUGUUCCAGAGAAGGAUGAAUGGAAAAACCGAUUUCUACAAAACCUGGAGUGAAUACAGAGCUGGGUUUGGAAACUUGAGUGAAGAAUUCUGGCUUGGAAAUGAGCUCUUGCACAAUCUGACCAGUGUCGGAGCUGUGAGUUUGAGAGUGGAUAUGCAAUCUGGCAAUGACACAGUUUACGCCCACUACGGCAACUUCUCCAUCGCGUCAGAGGACAGGAACUAUGCUCUUGCUGUGUCAGGCUACACUGGAACCGCAGGUGACUCAAUGAGGUACCAUAAUGGCCGUCCAUUCUCCACGCGAGACAAGGACCCAGCUUCUCUGGGGAUCCACUGUGCCAAGGCUUACAUGGGAGGCUGGUGGUACAAGAACUGCUACAAAACCAACCUCAAUGGUCUCUAUGGCACCAACAUUGAUAAUCAGGGAGUAGUGUGGAUAGACUGGAAAGGCAAAGACUCUUCUAUUCCCUUCACCGAGAUGAAGUUCAGACCCUCCAGGUUCUCCCCUGCAACUCACGGCUAAAGAUGCAUCAUUCUCCAGGAGCCAGAAAGUCUUACAUCUGGCAGAAGAUCAUUCCAGAAGGCAGUUGAAUUAUCGGCUGCUGCAUGUGUCCGUACAACUGAAAUCACAUGUAGUGGUUUUGAUUGAAAUUUUGAUUCCAUGUGCUGUUUUUAUGGCAAAUGUAACAAUGAAUUGGAGUCACGUUUCUUUGUAACUGUUGUGUGCCCGUUCAACUGUUGGGGUUGACCAGAUGUUUUGACUCUAACACCUACAUGUGCACCACCAACAUGAUAUACCAACCCACUACUACUGUGAUUAAAUAUGCACUGUCUUAAUCCAUUGGAAUAAAUGUUACUUA